GGGGCUGUCUCUUAUACACAUCUAGAUGUGUAUAAGAGACAGGGGAUGGUGCCAUCAGCAAUGAAUGAGAGAAGUUUUGUACGGCAGGCAGUGCGUGAAAUUCAGCUCAUGUGUAGGGAGCAUUCUAAUGCUGUAAAUGUGCCACAGCGGGAUAUUUGCUUCAUGGUCCGGGUGUUUAUGCUGGACUACUUAAGCGGUGCGCCCAUGCCUGCUGGUGAGUAUCAGCGAAUGAAGGAUGAACUAUGUCAAAAGUUCAUCGAGCCAGACUUGCCUUCCAUGCAGACAAUACGACUGCAGCUUGUGGUCGAUGAGUCCUUUCUGCUGGAGCGGCAGUCAGUGGAGGAACAACUGGAUGUAAACGAAAAAGAGGCUGAAGUUCAUCUGAAAAAGGCAGUAAACAUCGAGGUAAUCAACGAACGACAAGAAGCAGAAGUCCUCGAUGCCCUGCAAGCUGCAAUUCUGGUUUAUACAAGGCUCAAGCACGGGGUGCAGACGCAGUCAAGUCUCAACUCUUCAUCGUCGCUGUUGAAAGCUGCGGGACCACGCCGCCGUCCCCUGAGGGAUCCUCUACACCGCAUCAAACUCCCGGCCAGAUUCUCCAUCGUUUCCUUCUUCAGCCAAUUGGAGACUGACUCAUGCCCCCAAAAUGCUACAGAGCGGAGAGGCCCCUUCCAGGUCCCCAAGGUCCAUGGUGCCGCGAUGCUGCACAAGAAAACUUGGAAUGCAGCUCAGAGCACAAAGGAAGAGGGACCCGAUCAUGAAAAAAUGGAGAUGGAUAGGGUCAAUGAGGCUGAGAUGGAAGCCGCCCUGGAGAGCAUUUUCCCUAGACAUUCAUACCGCAAAUGGAUGCUGAUGGAGCCCGAGCCGAAAAGCACCCAGCUCGAAGAGAUUGGGAACAUUGUAAUGGGAAUAUGGUUGUUCAACAAGCAUGCAGGAAGAGGGGGAAAGCACCUGGAGGAUGCUUCCGUCGCUUAUCAGGAGAGAAGCGAAAGGGCCCGCCAGCAAAUUGCAGUUGAGCUGGAGCAGGCUGAGCAAGAUGUGACAAACAGAAUGAUGGUGACAGAGUUUUGGCAACGGUUUCGAAACAAACAGAGAAACAUCCAGAAUUUGCGAGAUGAAAUGCACCAUAGGUUUCAGUACAUAAAGUUCCUUGAGGUUUUGAAGAAGGAGGAGGAAGAUGGCGCAACGUCGAUGGCAGAUCUGACGGAAAAGUACCGAAAAGCUCUCAAGACAUUAGUCUCGAUUAUCGGUGACAGAGCAUCAGUCCCAAAACACUUGGUUUAUCCUCUGUUCAGCACCGUUGGAUCCAUCCACGUCAUAAUGCAGGAGGAAUUGCUUUACCUCAAAGCAAGAUUGCGAGCGCUGGAGAUUGUCCUUCUUUACGGCCGAUUGCGGAACUCUGAGCUGAAAAUAAUGGACCUUAGACGGGCAAGACGCUGGCUGAAAACCAGGGACACUUUCAGUGUGAAGCCUGCAGCCAGCGAGGACACGAAGGGCCAGAUGCCAGAGCUUUCCACCAAGUUAUCCUCACCAUCAGGGAAGAGUGGUGUGCAGUACAUAUCUGCGACUCAGAUGGGUGCGUACCUCCUAGAUGGAGAACCACCUACGCCAGAGCUUGAGGGUUUCUGUGUCGUCACAAUGGUUGAUCGAAAGGGUUUGGCUGUACCAGGAAAGACAGAUUUGGGGACUCUCAGGUAUCGAUCGAAAUUCUACACAUUCGCAGACUUGGAAUGCAUGAAACGGUUUUCAGAUUCGCCAGAACAGUACUUGGAGAAGGUGAAAGUGGUUGCCAAAGAGAUUCCCCAGCUCAUCAGACUACUGGGGUUCCACAGGGACCUUUGGCAGGCCACCAACAUAUCCCAGGUUUUGGGAGAUAUCGAGCAACCCCUAGGCUGUGAUAUCGGAACUCAAACUCCUGUCCAUUUCAGGGAUAGAUUCAUCGAUUACUCUUAUGAAUGGAGCGAAUGGGGCCUACGCCGGAGGGCUAUACAUUUGGCAAACCUUCGCAAUAAGGGCACUCACAGUUCGCAAACUGUCAUCAGCCACCUCCAUAGAGACAAUGAAGUGCAGGUUUGGUUGCCUAAGGCCGCGGAAACACAAAGCAAGAAACACGGAGCAACAAAGAUGCCGAAGAAAUUGCGCUAUAUUCGAGGUCUCCGUGGUCCACCAGAUGUCCAGAUGAAUGUGGUCAACGUCCAGCUGGAGGUCUAGCAAAAACAACUAUCGACGUCUCCAGGAUGAAGCACCUGAUACACCUGCAGAUAGGUAUCCGAUUCGGCGAUGGAGCUUGCGGGUGCCACAUGCA